UUCAAGACUGCAAACUGGAUUCCUGGAGCCCUUGGUAGUUUGCCGUGCACAGAUAGUACCUGUUAGCAGCUCACACUAAUACCCAGAUAGUCUAAAGAGGACUGGAUUCCUGCUGGUGACACAAUGCAAGCUGUCGUGCCCUCACACAUGAUGACAGCAUCCUCCCCAGACCCUUCAGCCUUGCCUUCAAGUGAACAAAGCACGGCCCCCAGCGUGGACGCUCUUGGGGCCCAAGAACGUGUCUCAAGGGGAUAUGCUGAUGACCUAGAGACUCUCAGGCAGAAGUUCAGGUGGUUUUGUUACUCACAAGAAGAAGGACCCAGAAAAACCCUGACUCAGCUCUGGGAGCUCUGCAAGCAGUGGCUGAGACCAGACAUUCAUACCAAAGAGCAAAUCUUAGAGCUGUUAGUGUUUGAGCAGUUCCUGAGGGUUCUGCCUGGAGAGACGAGGACGUGGGUGAAUUCUCAGCACCCUGAGAGUAGUGUGGAGGUAGUGACCCUAGUAGAAGACUUGAACCAAACACUUGAAGAAAAGGAAGAUCUUAGCACUGAGGAGUCUGCUGCUUGCAAAGAGGAGGAUUUGGGAGAAGACGAGAUGGUGGCUGUCCCUCCAAGUACGGAGCCACGUGAGCCUGUAACAUUUGAGGACGUGUCUGUGGACUUUAGCAGAGGAGAGUGGAAGAUGCUGGAGCCGUCUCAAAGGGAGCUGUAUAAGGAAAUGCUACUGGAAACCUUAAGGAACCUGGAAUUUCUGGGCUUUCCAGUUUCCAAAUUUGACUUGAUUUCCCAUCUGAAGUGGGUUAAGUUGCCAAGGGUACUGGAAAAAGAAAUCUCAAAAGGCCCCAGACCAGGUGAGUUGGUAAAAGAGGGCGAGGCUAGAAGUGAACUGCAUGCUUUUAUGGAAGAUUUGACUUUAGAGAAAAUGGUAGAAUACAGCUUCGGUGAUGAUGGUUAUGGCUUGAAGACAGAAUUCCAAAAGCGACAUGGCAAACCCAAGAAAGAUCAGGGCAAGCGGAGCAGCCAUGGGAGUAAGGAGUCUGAGUCCCAAGAAACUCCCUCGGGAAAGAAUUUCAAACAAGCUUCUGACACAGCCAAACGUCAGAGAGCCUCCUUAAUGAAGAAGUCUCAGAGGCCUAAGGAAGGCAAGAAACCCUUCACUUAUCACUCAGAUCUUGUGAACCGCAAAGAGCACAGUGCAGAAAAGUCAAGGAAACGCAGCGGAAAUGAAAAAGACCCACGUCACCCUUCAUCUCAUACUGAACGUAAGAAACAUCCAAAAAUUGGCUCGUUGAGUAAGACCCAGAAGUGUAGUAAGUGUGGGGUAGCCUUCACUCAAAUCUCCUGGUAUGGCAGUGAAAGCUCUCAAUGUGAAAAGUGCCGGAAGAACCUAUUUCAAGACGAAACCUCAACUAACGACAAGGAACCUGAAACUGAAGAAUCCAGCAAGUGCAGGAAGUGCGGGAAAGCCUUUGGCUAUAGUGCAAAGCGCUCUGUGUGUAUUGAAUGUAGAAAAGCCCGCAGAGCUAGUUCAUCACGCAAGCCACGUAAGAAAACUGGCACAAAAGAAAAGCCUUACAGGUGUGAUGAAUGUGGGAAAAAGUUUGCCGGGUUGCAAGCUAUCGAUAAGCAUCGAAGGAGUCACACUGGAGAAAAGCCCUAUGUGUGCAAACACUGCGGGAGGCCCUUCAGUGACAACUCUUCAUUUUGUCAACACCAGAGAAUUCACACCGGAGAGAAACCGUAUAAGUGCGGUGAGUGUGGGAAGUCUUUCACUCACAGCUCCUCCCUUUCCAAACACCAGAGAAUUCACACUGGCGAGAAGCCCUAUAAGUGUGAUGAGUGUGGGAAAGCCUUUAGGCAGAACUCCUGCCUUACCCGACAUCAGAGAACCCACACUGGAGAGAAACCGUAUUUGUGUAAGGACUGUGGACUGUCUUUUAGCCUUUUUAGUACUAUCAUGUAUCAUCAAAGACUCCAUGCAGGAGAAAAACCCUACAAAUGUACCCACUGUGAGAAAGCCUUCCCCACUCAUUCCCGCCUUGGACGCCAUCUGAGGUGUCACACGGGCGCGAAGCCAUACAAAUGUAAAGAGUGUGGGAAAACCUUCAGACAGAGCUCGUCUCUCAAUUUACAUCUCCGCAGCCAUACUGGAGAGAAGCCCUACAAAUGUGAGUAUUGCGAAGCAACCUUUACUCGGAGCACAAUCCUCGUUGAGCAUGUGAAAACGCACACCAGGAGCGUCCACUAUGAAUGUAAGAAGUGUGGUAAGAAGUCUAAAAGUCGGUCAGGCGGUCUUAGACACCACUGCACAAAGUGAUUCUGGGAAUGUAGUAAGUGGAGGGAAGGUUAGUUCAGGCUGUGCCCUUUUACACUCGACAUGCAAACUACCCACAGUGCU